AUGUCAUCCUCCCUCGCCGACUACCUAGCAAAAAAUUACCUGACAGCAGAUCCGCCACCAGACCAGCGACCUAAGAAGAAGCGAAAGAAGACCAACAAGCAUGCGGAAGCAGACGGCCUCAUCAUCGCCGACGACGACCCCCCUUCCCUCCGCGCGUCGUCGGCCGCGAAUGAGCUGAACAACGAGAACGACGAGAAUGCUCCUUAUGUUGUUGACACGUCGCGAACGAGUGCCGAGUUCCGCCGCAAGAAGAAGUCUAAUUGGAAGGUUGUUUCCGCUGGGACAACAGCCAGCAGCAGCAAUAAUAACAACGACGCCGCAGGGCAAGCAGAAGCGGAUGCCAUCAUCGCCUCCGCGGCCGCGGAGAAUGAAGCGCGACAGAAGGCCAACGAGGCGGAAGAUGCACCGGUAGUCGAAGGCGCAGAUGCCCUCCCUGACGAAGAAGAUGAGAAUGUCCCACGCAUGGAAUCCGGCGCGCGAGCCGGUCUCCAAACAGCCGAGGAAACAGCAGCCAUGGUCGCGGCGCAGGAGAAGCGACGCAAAGCCGAAGCGGCAGCGAUCAAGGCCGCGGGGAAAGACGCCGCAGCACAGGAGACGAUCUACCGCGAUGCGUCAGGACGCAUCAUCAACGUGGCGAUGAAGCGGGCGGAAGCGCGCCGGGCGGCGGAAGAGCAGCGGCAAAAGGAGGAGAGAGCGCGGGAAGCUCUCAUGGGCGAUGUGCAGCGGAGGGAGCGAGAGGCGCGCAGACAGGAGCUGCGCGAGGCGCGGUCCAUGCCGCUGACCAGGACGGCCGACGACGAGGAGCUGAACGAGGAGCUCAAGGCGCGCGAGCGGUGGGACGACCCCGCGGCGCAAUUCCUACCGUCGAAGAAAGCACAAGUCAGCGCGACGGGCAAACCGCUCUACAAGGGCGCCUUCGCACCGAAUCGCUACGGCAUCCGCCCGGGACACCGCUGGGAUGGCGUGGACCGAUCAAAUGGGUUCGAAAAGAAGUGGUUCGAAGCCCGACAUCGGAAGGAGAGGCAGGGAGCGAUGGAAUAUGCAUGGCAGAUGGAUGAAUAA